AACCCAAAAUACCAAAAACCCCCAAAAGUCACAAAACCCACAAUUAAAGAAACAGCAUAUUAAAAUGAUUCACCAAUUUGUACUUGCUUUUACAGAUUUUCUCAAAAACUGAAAUUGAAACAAACAAAAACAUAACCAAAAGACGUUUAGCUCUUUCCAUUGAUCUCUCUCUCAAUUCUCUGCAAAUGAGUUAAUCUUCCAUGGCUGCCAUGUUGAUGCAGCCAUGGCUUCCUCAUCUAACCCUAAUUUUGUUCUCCUUAAUCCUCUUUUUCCCUGAUCAAUCCUUUUCUCAAUCCGAUUCUCCUCGAAAUAUCGAAACUUUCUUCCCAAAUGACACAAUCACCGCUCCAGUUCCAUCUCCGGUUACAUCUCCAGCUCCAUCGCCGCCGGAAGAUUCACCAUCUUCUUCAUCGGACAGAGGAAAGAUCACGAGGGCUGUGCUUAUAACAGCUGCAAGUACUUUACUUGUAGCAGCUGUGUUCUUCUUCUUCCUCCAUAAGUGCGUAAUCGUACGGCGGAGAAGGAGAAACAGAGUCGGCGGUGUUGAGAACACCCUUCCUCCGCCGGUUCCUCCGUUGGCGGAAACGGCGUUAGCUCGGGAAGGGUUUACUAGAUUCGGCGGGAACGUAAAGGGUUUGAUCCUUGAUGAGAAUGGUCUCGAUGUGUUGUAUUGGAGAAAGUCGCAGAGUCAGAGAAACAAUAAAAGCGGAAGCUUUAAGAAGGAGAUCGUUCACGGAGACGACGACGGCGAUGACGACGAAGAGAAGAAUGUGGUUAAUUCAAAGAACAAGAAGAAAUCGGAGAUUCCUCUUCUCAGAGGAAGGUCAUCGACUUCUCAAAGUGUAGUUCACAACGAUAAUUACCGAAAUGCCACCACCACCACUCAUCCUCCUCAUGCCAAAACUGGUUCUGAUUCUUUUGAAUUCGCUAAAUCAGAUCCGUCACCACCACCACCACCGCCAUCGCCAAUUCCGGUGAAGCAGAGUGCACCACCUCCUCCUCCUCCUAAGCCUAAGAGUGGCCCAUCUCCGCCGCCACCUCCCCCGUUGAAAAAGACGGCGGCUUUAUCGUCCUCUGCUUCAAAACCACCGCCGGCUCCUAGAGGGUCAUCUUCUGGGGAAAGUUCAAAUGGUCAGGUAAAGCUCAAGCCUUUGCAUUGGGAUAAAGUGAACCCUGACUCUGAUCAUUCCAUGGUUUGGGACAAAAUCGACCGUGGCUCAUUCAGUUUCGAUGGCGAUUUAAUGGAGGCUCUAUUCGGCUACGUGGCGGUAAAGAAAUCUCCAGACCAUGGCGGCGAUAAGAAACCUAACUCAACCUUACCGACCAAGAUUUUUAUACUUGACCCGAGAAAAUCUCAGAACACAGCGAUCGUGCUCAAAUCCCUGGGUAUGACUCGUGAUGAGCUCGUGGAAUCGUUAAUGGAAGGUCACGAUUUCCAUCCAGACACACUCGAGAAGCUCUCUAGAAUAGCUCCGACGAAAGAAGAACAAUUAGCUAUUCUCCAAUUCGACGGCGACAUGAAAAUGCUUGCUGAUGCUGAAUCGUUCUUGUUUCAUCUCUUAAAGGCUGUCCCUAGUGCCUUCACUCGUCUUAAUGCGUUGCUCUUCAGAGCUAAUUACUAUCCAGAGAUCUCAAACUAUAACAAGUCUCUUCAGACGCUGGACUUAGCUUGCACAGAGCUCAGAUCACGUGGCUUGUUUGUGAAGCUUCUUGAAGCUAUACUGAAAUCUGGAAACAGAAUGAAUGCGGGAACAGCUAGAGGAGAUGCUCAAGCUUUUAAUCUCACUGCGCUUUUGAAACUUUCUGAUGUGAAGAGUGUUGAUGGGAAGACGACUUUGCUUAACUUUGUGGUGGAAGAAGUUGUUAGGUCCGAAGGGAAGCGAUGCGUGCUUAACCGAAGGUCUAACAGUAGCUUUAGCCGUAGCAGUAGCAGUAGCAGUUCGAUUUCCGAGGUUAUAUCGAAGGAGGAGCAAGAGAAAGAGUAUUUAAAACUCGGGUUGCCUGUUGUUGGAGGGUUAAGCGCUGAGUUCUCCAAUGUAAAGAAAGCUGCAGCUAUAGACUAUGACACGGUUGCUGCAACAUGCUUGGCUCUUACGGCUAGAGCUAAAGAUGCUAGACGAGUAUUAGUGAAGAGCGAAGGAGAUAACAAAGAAGGAGAGAGGUUUGUGAAGAAGAUGAAUGAGUUUCUUGAUUCUGUUGAGGAAGAACUGAAGUUAGCAAGAGAAGAAGAGAAGAAAGUGAUGGAGCUUGUGAAGAGAACAACUGAGUAUUACCAAGCAGGAGCUGUGAAAGGAAAGAGUCCACUUCAUUUGUUUGUUAUUGUUAGGGAUUUUCUCGCUAUGGUUGAUAAAGUAUGCGUAGAGAUCGCAAGAAAUUUGCAGAGGAAAACGACAAUGGGGAGUCUGCAGCAGAGGAAUGCAGUGAAGUUUCCGGUUUUGCCUCCAAAUUUCAUGUCGGAUAGGUCUAGAAGUGAUUCUGGUGGAUCAGAUUCCGAUAUGAGUUUGGAAAGGCCAUUCUGAAACUUGAUGAUGGUAUUGUCAGAUGAGAAAUGGUUUGGUUGGCUGUAAAUAAUAGAAUCGUUUGGGUACUGAUUAUAUUUUUUUGCCUAAAGACCUUUUUGAAGUGUUAAUAAGAUUAGUAGUCCGAGGUUUUUUUCUGCAUAGAGCUCAUCCCAUAUAACAAGAACAGAGGUUUGUAGUUUGAUCAUACUACAUGCUAUUAUGCUAACAUGCAAUGAACCAAUGUUGUUUC